UCCAUAUGCACUUCAAUUCCAAGAAACAUGGCUUUGUGUUAUGACAUUGGGUACACUGAAAUGAGACUUCCCAACCUGCUGGACCAUGAAACCAUGGCUGAAGCAAUCCAACAGUCUACCAGCUGGCUGCCCUUGUUAGCCAGAGAAUGCCAUCCAGAUGCCAGGAUCUUCCUCUGCUCCCUCUUUGCCCCAAUCUGCCUGGAGAGGCUCAUCUAUCCCUGCCGCAGCCUGUGCGAAGCGAUCAGGAGCAGCUGUGCCCCAGUCAUGGUCUGUUAUGGCUACCCUUGGCCGGAAAUCCUCAACUGCAACAAAUUCCCUGAAGAUCAUGAGCUGUGCAUCUCCUCAAUUGCUGAUCGAAGUACUUCGGGCAGGAGAAUGCCCCAGGCUAGCUGCAGGGAUUGUGAACUUGAAGACCCUAGCUCUGCCAAGGAGAUUCUGGAAAACCUUUGCACCAGUGAUUUUGCUGUAAAAAUUAGGAUCUCCAGGAGGAACAAGACCUCCACCAUUGCUGACUUUGACCUUGACUCCAGACUGGAAGUUCUGAAGCAUGGUCCCCUCCUGAAGACUGAAACUCACCCCAAACUUCAGCAGUGGCUAAACCUAGAUGCUACCUGUGUGCACAACAUUAUGAAAGGCACAAACACAGGGGUCUAUGUGAUUAGUGGAGAGGUACAGAAUGACAAAAUUGUUCUGGUAAACAGGGCCUAUGCCUGGCACAAAAAGAACCGAAAUUUGCAGGCAGCUGUGAGACGAUGGAAACACUACAAGUGUCGGGCCUGAACUGCUCAAGUCCCUGGCAUGAAAUCUAUGCCAAUGUGACUCCUCUGCUUUUAUCCACAGCUGAGGCUACAGCAUACCACUGGGUAUAGCACAGCUUCUUUGUAGUAGUUACCAAGUUAAUGGAUAGCCAAGCAGCAAGAUUUACAAACCAUUGCACUAAAGGUUUGCACUGAUUUUUAGCUGAGUUCUGAGGCACCCUGGGGUUCCCCUGAAGGAUAUCUUUGAGAAGAUCAGUAACAGUACACAA